AUGGCGGGUAAGAAGGCAUCAUCGUCGUCGCCCUCAAACGGCCUCAAGAAGGUCAAGGGUGAGAACUUCUAUCGCGACGCCAACAAGGCAAAGCGUGUCAAGCUACUGUCCAAGAAUGGCAUCGCAUCCAAGGCCAUUCGAGACAAGGAUGGCAAAAUCAUUCAGGCUCAAGAGUUUCAAUCAUCAGAGGCAAAGCCAGGACGAGUACAGCCAGACAGAAGAUGGUUCGGCAACACGCGCGUCAUCUCGCAAGACGCACUCGACCAUUUCCGCACCUCGCUCUCAUCGCGCGUAGACGACCCUUACUCGGUCCUGCUACGACGCAACAAGCUACCUAUGUCGCUGAUUCAAGACAUCAAGAAGGGCAAGGCAGCGCCCCUUACUACCGUGGAGCCAUUCCAGCAGACGUUUGGGCCAGGAGCGCAGAGGAAGCGUCCGCGCCUCGACGGCAAUGCAAGCUCCUUCGCAGAGCUCGCUCAGAGCAGCACUCAGGCCGGAGAUGACCACGACGACAAGAUUGCAAGCCAACAGGCCAAGCUGGCCGGCGAGCAUCUCGUACCCGUCGAUCGCGAGCUUGGCGCCGACGCUGUGGAGGGUCAAGAUGUCGACGCCGACAACGUAGCGUUGCUUCCCGCCGACAUCUACUCUGCGCCCGUCACUCGUGGCCGCUCUGAGCCCAUCUACAGCAAGGGCCAAUCAAGACGCAUCUGGGGAGAGCUCUACAAGGUCAUUGACUCGUCGGACGUCGUUAUCCACGUUCUCGAUGUGCGCGAUCCGAUGGGCACGCGAUGUCGCAGCGUCGAGAAGCACAUCAAGGAGGAGAAGCCGCACAAGCAUCUAGUCUUCCUGCUCAAUAAGGUCGACCUCGUUCCGACGUGGGUUACGGCACGAUGGGUCAAGAUCUUGUCCAAGGAGUUUCCUACGAUUGCGUUCCACGCCUCGAUCAACAACUCGUUCGGCAAGGGCUCGCUCAUCCAGCUGCUCCGCCAGUUCAGCGUCCUGCACUCGGACCGCAAGCAGAUCUCCGUCGGCUUCGUCGGCUACCCAAACACGGGCAAGUCGAGCAUCAUCAACACGCUCAAGAAAAAGAAGGUCUGCAACGUCGCGCCUAUUCCCGGAGAGACGAAAGUCUGGCAAUACGUGGCCUUGAUGAAGCGCAUUUACCUCAUCGACUGCCCUGGUAUCGUGCCGGUGAGCGCCCGUGAUUCGGAGACGGGUACGGUCUUGAAGGGCGUGGUGCGCGUGGAGAAUCUCGAGACGCCGGCCGAGCAUAUCCCCGCGCUCCUCUCGCGCGUCAAGGAAGAGUACCUGCGCAAGACGUACGGCCUCAAGGCGUGGAAGAACUCGCACGACUUUCUCGCUCAGCUGGCCAGGCGGUACGGCAAGUUGUUGAAGGGCGGGGAGCCUGACGAGGAGACGGUGGCCAAGAUGGUGCUCAACGACUGGAUCCGAGGCAAGAUUCCCUUCUUUGUCCCGCCACCGGAGCCUGACAACAAGGGCAAGGGUAAAGCGGUUGAGCCGACGGAGGACGACGUCAAGCAUGGAGCUGAGCGCGGCGUGAAGAGGGUCAAGGGCGUGGAGCAGCCUCUCAAGCAGAUUGCCGUCGUCACCAAGUUCUCCAAGGAGGACGUGAAUGGCGGGACAGAGGACGACUUUGUGAUGGAAAGGGAUGACGAGGGCGAGGAGCCAGAGCGCGCGAGAGGCGAGGGCGACGACGACGAGGAGAGUGAGGACGACGAGGACGACGAGGACGGCGAGGAAGGCGAGGACGGCGAGGAAGGCGAGGAGGAGCUGGCUGAACUGCCGUGGGAGGACGUCUUUGGCGGCGCAGACGCGGAGGAUGACGACGAGAGCGAGAAGAGUGCUGCGUCGGAGGACGCAACGCCUGCGCCGCGUAAGGAGGCACGCAUGACGACGUCGAAGAAGCGCGCCGAAAACUUCUAUACCCACGCCAACGUCAAGAACAAGAAUCGCGAGCGCGCAAAGCCAUCCAUCGAAGAACUACCGCCGGAUGCCGAGGUGACCACUCAGAGCUCGGCGCCGCAGCUACCGCCAGAUGUCGAUCCACGCGGUCCACCUAGCACCGGCGUCCGGGGAGGCAUAUCAGAGGAGCUGGCAGAGAGGUUGGCGAGGCAAAUGGAGGCAGGGUGA